AUCACUCUAACCCUCACACAAAAGCCCUAAACCCCUGAUCAUCUUCUUCACCCCCUUUCAUCCUCAACAUCAUUUCCUCUGCACCCGAUAAUUUCGCCGGAGCCGCCGCCAUGUCUGACCUCGAGCUAUCCACCAAGAAGAAGAAAUCCAAACCCAAAACCGAACCCGACUCCGACCCGGAUUACCUAAUCAAACCCCAAAGCUUCACGCCCCCAAUCAACACCUCUGAUUGGCCAAUUCUUCUCAAGAAUUACGAUCGUCUCAAUGUCCGUACAGGCCACUACACUCCUCUCCCAUCUGGGUAUUCGCCGCUUAAGAGACCCCUAAUUGAGUACUUGAGAUAUGGUGUUAUGAAUCUUGAUAAGCCUGCUAAUCCCUCUAGUCAUGAAGUUGUUGCCUGGAUUAAAAGAAUUCUCCGUGUCGAAAAGACGGGGCAUUCGGGCACUCUGGACCCGAAAGUCACGGGGAAUUUGAUUGUGUGUAUUGAUAGAGCAACUAGGUUGGUUAAGUCACAACAGGGUGCUGGUAAAGAGUAUGUUUGUAUUGCCAGGUUGCAUAGUGAUGUAGGUGAUAAGGCAAAGGUUGCGAGAGCGUUGGAGAGUUUGAGUGGCGCGGUGUUUCAGAGACCGCCUUUGAUAUCGGCUGUUAAGAGGCAAUUGAGGAUUAGGACUAUUUAUGGAAGUAAGAUGCUUGAGUAUGAUGCGGAGAGGCAUUUGGUUGUGUUUUGGAUAUCGUGUGAGGCGGGGACGUAUGUGAGGACAAUGUGCGUGCAUUUGGGAUUGAUUUUGGGUGUGGGAGCGCAUAUGCAGGAGUUGAGGAGGGUUAGGUCGGGGAUUAUGGGGGAGAAUGAUAAUAUGGUUACGAUGCAUGAUGUGAUGGAUGCACAAUGGGUGUAUGAUAAUUUCAGGGAUGAGAGUUAUUUGAGGCGGGUGGUUAUGCCGUUGGAGGUGCUUUUGACUAGUUAUAAGAGGUUGGUUGUGAAGGAUUCGGCUGUGAAUGCGAUUUGUUAUGGGGCGAAGUUGAUGAUUCCAGGGUUGUUGAGGUUUGAGAAUGAUGUCGAGGUUGGGGAGGAGGUGGUCUUGAUGACAACUAAAGGGGAGGCAAUUGCGUUGGGGAUUGCAGAGAUGACGACUGCUGUUAUGGCUACUUGUGAUCAUGGGGUGGUUGCGAAGAUUAAGAGGGUGGUGAUGGAUAGGGAUACCUAUCCCAGGAAAUGGGGGUUGGGACCUAAGGCUUCUAUGAAGAAGAAGUUGGUUUCAGAGGGGAAAUUGGAUAAGCAUGGGAAACCGAAUGAGAGUACACCGGCUGAAUGGAUGAGAAAUGUUGUUUAUCCUACUGGGGGGGAUUCGGUUGUUGCUAGCCUUGCAGCUGGAACUGAGAGUGUUAAUGUGAAGGCAGAGAUCCCUGUCGAGGAGGUUGAAAAAACAAAGAAGAAAAAAAACAAAGAUAGGGAAAACGAGGAGGAUGGACGUAAGAGGAAGCUGGAGGAGGCUGAUGCUAGCCAUGCUCCCGAACAUACUAAGAAGCCAAAGGUGGAGGAAGCUGAGGAAACUUUGGAUAGUGAGAAGAAAGAUAAGAAAAAGAAGAAGAAGAAAAACCAAGAUGAUGAAAUCAAUGCUUCGGAUGGGGAAACAGCUAAAAAGGAGAAAAAGAAGAAGAGCAAGGUGAAGGAAGAAGUAGAUGUUUCGGGCGAGGAGAAAUCUGAGAAGAAGAAAAAGAAGAAGAGCAAGGUCAAGGAAGAAGUAGAUGUUUCUGGUGAGGAGAAAUUUGAGAAGAAGAGCAAGGUCAAGGAAGAAGUAGAUGUUUCGGGGGAGGAGAAAUCUGAGAAGAAGAAGAGCAAAGAUGCUGAGAAUCGUCAUUCGCCUGCAGCUGCAGUUGGCAGUGACGAUGAGGUAGACAAAAGCAAGAAAAAGGAUAGAAAAGAGAAAAAGAAAAAGAAGAACAAAGAUGGAGAGUAGAUCGAAAUAUUACAAAUGCAGCUUAUCAUCGAUUUCGUGGUGCAUAUGUACCUCCAUUGGCCGUGCAUUUAAAGGUUUUUAGCUAUUACAUUUAGAAUGAUGUAGUUUCUGAUCUACAAGCGAGACUUGUCCUCUUUUGUAGUGCCUUGCAGUUCUGAACCUAUAAUAUUGUUCUGCUUUGGUGCUGAUAUUAAUAUACUUGAGUUGGUUUUCAUGAUAA